AUGUCUGGCCUUAUUACUGGAGUUUUGGAGGGCUUUGGUAAAGAUUAUAUGACGGACAAGGCAAAUGAAUAUGCCGAAGACCAUUUUCAGCCGGUAAAGGAUCCCUUUUAUGAAGAAUUACCAAACGGAAAACAGGUGCGCCGCAGAUUACCUGAUUUUUGUUCUAAACAGGAAAGUAAAACAUGGAAAAAGCUACAAAAUAAAGCAUGGAGCCAUGAUAGGUCAUGUUGUGGCUGUUGCUGUUGGACUAGUGGUAUUGGAUGGGCUCCCACAUUAGCGAUAUGUCCAGUGAUUGGACCGGUAUUAAUGUAUUGGGUUCAUACGAAGUUGAUCGAUUACGCUAAUAAGCAAUAUCAAUUGCCGCCUGAUUUAGUGGUAAAGAUGCACGCAAACGUUGGUCUUGAUCUUGCGAUCAGUCUGGUGCCAAUUCUUGGUAUAUUGUUUUCAUGGAUGCAUGCAAGUUCAACUAGGAACUGUGCAAUGGUUUACAACUGUAUUGUUGAAAGAAAUACGGAGAAAGUGAACAGGGAAAAUAAAAUAAAACAGCAAAGACAGAAGGAAGUAGCAAUGCAGGAACAGUUAAAGGAGCAAAAAAAGCGUGAGCAACACCAGCAGCGUCAAAUCAAACAACAGCAGCAGUAUGAGCUACAUGAACGGCAACAACAACAGUAUCGACAACGGCAAUAUCAGGUACAGCAACAACAGCAGCAACAGCAGCAACAGCAGCAACAGCAGCAACAGCAGCAACAGGCGUGGACAGCCGCACCAGUAAGAUCAAAAUAUGAGCCACCGACAAAUGCAUAUCCAAAACAGUACAACAAUCAAGUAAGACCACCACCACCAGCACAUCGAGUUGUCAAUUCACGUGGUCAGCGGCCUUACGCCUAA